AUGGCCUCAACGGCUGCGGAUAAUAUUAGUACAGCAACCAAUGCACAUCACUGCAAAAGAUCCAUCACCACAAUCCGAAGGGAUGCGAUUGGCCUAUCAAGCACUCAUCACGCGGUGCAUGCAAAGGCAAAGACACGGCAAGGGUCGCCGUCGGCCUGCAGCAGACGGACAAGUCACCUCGCAUAUGUAAGCACUUUGGGCCUCGCAUCUGGCCGCGAGAGGCGCCUUGAUGCCCGGUGUGCUAAGUAUGAGCCUUUCUUCCGCCUCUGGUGGUAUGGAGUACCCUCCGGAUGUAUCCGUAGCCCAAGCCACGGAUCUGGGCACCGAUCGUUAACAGGGCUUAGUAGUGUUACGCUGCGUGGGUUGUUAGCUCGUGGUAGGGCUACAGCCAUCAAGGAACAUCUGCGACAACAGCACGGAGGAUUUGGCAUCUCCACGGACCCCCGAUUGAAUCUCAUCUUGCGAUCUCGGGGUUUGUUCACCGUUGGGCUUAGAGUAGCCAUGCGUGUAGCUGCCCAUGCUAGGCCUCUGAAGAUCCUUCGCCCCCUCUUACACCGAGUCCUUAGGCGCAAAAUAUCAUACACGGUGCAGCCAUAUACCACUACAUCAAGUCGAGACAUGCAAGACACGGGCACUCCCGAAAACAGCUCAUUUUUGGACGCCAGCCCAGGUCAUGAGCAUCACACCGCUGAACCGUACGGGGGAGCGAGGGACCAGAGAUGGAGCCGUAAAAUGAGCCCUACGGGGCAAAGAAUGCUACUCAGUGGGGUGAAACAUGAAUCAAAAAGCCCUCUCUCGUGUGUAACCAUCGACGUGAUGCCCAGGAUCCAGGACCUGGUGCUUGAUAUGCGAAGGCGGGAGCCACUUGCAGCAUGGAGGCGCAACGAGGGUUCACCUGGUAUCCGGAGUACAGAGAUGUACAUCACGAAGCCGCUGAGACAACGCUCUCCGGAAGCUCAACCCUUUGCAUCCGGCGCCAUGAAUUCAGCUUCAAAUGGCCUUGGAACCGGUCUAUUGACUUUUAGUCGUCAUGAGCUGCAUUUUUUUACAUCACGGUUUCAGCCAUGCGGUGCUGGCACCAUUGAGAAUGAUUUCUCGACAAGGGGAGUACGCCUCCAGUCGAGUGGCUUCUCUCGACUCCUGGAGUACGCCCGCCGUCGAGAAACCCUCUUGAUUCGAACUCAACAUGGGCAGCGUAAUGCUUGGUCAAAGAACAAGUCAGAACUACACCCGUAUUUCCCCUUCAGUAAAUGCCCCCUGGUUCAGGCGCAAUUUGCCGAGUAUCUCAAGUCAACCCCGAACAAAAAGCACAUCUCGCGGGAGGAAAAGUGGAAGCUGGUGGCAUGGCUCGCCGACCCCAACGCCAGGCCUACGUGCCAGAAGGACUACAGUCGCCGCAACUACGCCCAGAAGACGUACAGAUGGGACGAGAACACCCAGAAGCUCUUUGCCAUACCGAAGAAGGACAAGACCGGGGAUCGCAUUGUCAUCACGGAGGAUGAAAUCCUCAGGGUGGUGGAGAGUGUGCACACGGUAGACCAUGGAGGGUGGGAUGCAACCUGGGAAAGCGUCAGCAAGAAGUACUGCGGCAUCGUCCGGUCCGACAUCAUCUUCCUCGUCAAGAGAUGUGGCAUGUGCAUCAUUGACCCCCGCAAGAGGGCAAAGGGGGUGCAGGCCGAGUCCCCUGGCUCUGCUGAGGCUUCGGCGUCUCCUGAGGCUUCUGCUACGGCUGCUUCUGUGGCCUCUGCUUUUGCUUCGGCUCCUGCUCUUAAUCCUGAUCCGUUGCUUCCAAUGAUGCCCCUGGCCUUCAGUAUCGACUUCCGCGAUUUCCUGCCUGAGGAGUAUCCGUAUGACGAGUAUCCAUAUGUCGACAACGACGGCCAAAACGAGGGCAAUGACGCGAUUGCACUCUGGCAGGCGCCAUCGUGGCAGCAGGAGGAGUGGCAGCAGGAGGAGUGGCUGCAAGACAUUAUGGCCAUCGAUCCCUCCCUGCUCGACAUUACUUACGGAAUCCUGAUGGGCGAGCCUUCGGGUAGCAGCAGCAACAACAACGCUUACCCCGGCUACUAUCUCCAACAGUAG